AUGGUGGUCAUCACGAAACUACUGUAUCUGGCGUUGACUGCCACCGUUACCACUGCUACUGCCAUCAUUCGACGCGAUGUUAUUGCCGUACAGAAUGAUAUUACACAAAAGAUGGGCCCAAGUUGGAAUACCCUCAACAACGACUUGAACGGUUUCCCAAAUAGCGGUUUUGUAGGAGCAAUUACUAUUCGAGACGAUAUUGCCAAUAUAGUCUCUAUUUUGGAGAGUACACUUUCUGAUAUCAAGUCUACUGGCGCAUUCGGCACGGUGUCUGGCACAACCAUCCUUGCCGACAUUCAGCUACAAGUGCCCACAAUGCUGGCUUCGUUAGUAACUAUAGGGGCCCAACAAUCAGCUUGGGAGGCUAUGCAGGGCGGAUCUUGGGUUUUAACCCAACUCGAGUCAAUGAGGAUCGCUACAUCAAAUUUUAUGGAUGCUGUUAUAGCAGCUGAGCCUCUUGUACUGAAGCCCGGUGCUCUGGCGUUGAAGACGGGGAUGACAGGUGCCUUUAACACAGCAAUAGCUGCCUACGCAGUAUCGGAAUAG